AUGGCUGCGGUCGGAAAUCAAUUUAAGAAGCCUACCUCCGGUAGUUUGGGACAAGUCAAGGAACAGGAGAUGGCAGACGAAGAGCAGCUGGAACUAAGUAUGAAGCAGUUAAAUCUCCUACACAUCAAGUGUCGAGAAUUAAGAACAACUAUCCAGCGCAUGCUCGAGGCCAUUCCGAAUAAUUCUACAGCUGAGGAAGUUUAUGAGUGUUUCGUCAAGUCAGUCGCCGCUGCAAGCGCUCAGAUCAAAGAUUUCAGUACCCUAUAUAACAGCGAGGAGAGUAGAAUGGUUCUCGAUCAUGCUAAGAAGAGCCGCGAUGCCAAUCCAAAAGGUAUCAAACCUUGGCGUGCUAAGGAUCAUCCUGACUGGUUGGAUCUUGCACAAUAG